UAUACAUUAGUAGCGCAGUUCUAUCUUUCGGUUUAAACAAACACGAGACUCUGUGUCUCGUAGGAUAUUUUUAAGCAUUAAUUCAUCUUGACACAUAGAGUCUGACCUGUAUAUAUUUAAUUUUAUCAGAUUUUUUUAAAUCUAUUUUAUUGGCUGGACAAGAAGAAAUGGAUUGUAAGACUCGUGGCCGAAAUGUUUUGUGUUUGUUUGAUGUGGACGGAACGCUGACGAAACCCAGAGAGAAAAUCAGCCCUCAGUUGGAUGAAUUUUUCCAGGUGUUACGACAGAAGGUGAAGAUUGGAGUGGUGGGCGGGUCAGAUUAUUCCAAAAUCGCAGAACAGCUCGGAGACGGAGAUGAAGUCAUACACAAGUUUGACUACAUCUUUGCUGAAAAUGGAACAGUGCAAUAUAAAGAUGGCAAACUGCUCUCCAAACAGGCCAUUCAGAAUCAGUUGGGGGAGGAAUUAUUGCAGGACCUCAUAAACUUCUGUCUCCGAUACAUGGGGCUUCUCAAACUACCCAAGAAACGAGGGACGUUCAUUGAGUUUCGUAACGGAAUGCUCAACAUCUCACCCAUCGGACGAAGCUGCACUCUAGAAGAACGAAUCGAGUUCUCUGAAAUUGAUAAGAGAGAGAAGAUACGCGAGAAGUUUGUUGCAGCUCUACAGAAGGAGUUUGCAGGAAAAGGACUGCGCUUUACCAGAGGAGGUUUGAUCAGUUUUGACGUGUUUCCGGAGGGUUGGGAUAAACGUCUCUGCCUGGACGUCCUGGAGCAGGAAGGUUUAGACGCCAUCUACUUUUUUGGCAACGAAACCUCACUGGGUGGAAAUGAUUAUGAGAUAUUUGAAGACCCGCGAACGAUCGGCUUCACUGUUUGUUCUCCUGAAGACACGGCGCGACUCUGCAGAGAAAUGUUCUUCAAUGCUCCGCCCAAUGAGGCAUGACGACGCCCGCUUCCACCCGUGCGUACACAGUAGCGCCGCUCGUCUGCAGCUCAGCUGCGACCUCUGCUGGCCACGGAGGGAACUGCAGUCCACUGCACUAACGACAGACCUGAGAACUGUCAAAGCCAAACUACUACUGAUGAGGGACUGUAUGUAAAUAUGACUGACAAACUCAUUACGCCCUAAACAACUGUCUGUUGAUUGUUUGUAUAGUAAAAAAUCAUUAAUGUCUACAGAUCUUUCCAUGGCUGAAAGAGACGAGAGAAUAUGAUUUAGAAAGUGUUCGUAGCUAGACAUUACGCGAUAAAUCGACUAGCAAUAAAACUCUUCCAUGUUAAAAAUGAGUUUUAGUCCUAACCAGCUACGAACGAGACAAGCAUUUCACGAUAAGCAAUUUGGUUGCGCAAAUGUAGUGCAUUCCGUAUCAUAGUAGCCUACGUUGAAAUAGUAUUUCAUAUGGAUUUUUCGAAGCGUGCAUUUUUGCCGAUUAUUGUCCAAAACCACUUGUGCAAUGAACGAGGAGUUUUUCUAAUAACCUCUGCAGUUUUAUUAUUUUUUCUGUUUUAAAUGUAUGAAUCUAAAAGUUAAGUAAUAAUGCCUUUUAUGGUUAUGAAUGUAGCUAGAUAUUCGCACGCACAUUCAAAUUCAAACAAUACGUCGGGGGUUUUCAAACUUCUUUUGCCAAGGAACCGCAAAUAUGAAAUAAAGGCAUCAAUUUUCAUGGAUAAAAUACUCAAUUAUAAUAUGUGCGAAAAACAGUAAGCAUGAUUUUAUAAAGACAACAUGUUGCUAAAAUUCAUUUGCAAAAUGCUAAAUUAAAUAAUUGGCUUUUAUACCGUCAAUGUACCAAAUCCAUAAGAAAUUAUACAAAUAUUAUCUUGAAAAUAUUUACUUCGUAUUAAGUUGAACACAUGUAUUUUUGCCCAUUAUUAAUGAUAGAUUACUGUUUAAGAUUGUAUUACAUUAAUGUAUAAAUCUAAAAAAAUAUAUAUAUUCAUUUAUAGACCGCUUU